CACUUCCUACCUGUAUCAACUUUGUCCCGUGACUUAAGGCUUUAUUGCUACGCAAGUGGCUUUUCAACAAACAGAUCUGAUUUGUGUCUAAACAUGAAACGUUCGGGGUUGGUCAUUGGUUCGGUUAUUUUAUGCUUGUGUGCAAGUUAUGCUGCUUUGGAAGAAGGUGCAGCAUUACCAGAGAUGUUGAAUACAGUGACCAGUAUAGUUAAACAUAAUACAACUAUCUCUCAUCCUACUGCAUGGACCAUGCACGUCACCAACACAACUGCACAGACUCUCUCAACUACCCAUGUGUUGACAACUGUGCCCCCAACUUUGACACCCAGUUUUUCACUGCCUGAAACUGGACAGUAUAAUGUUUCUAUCAAGAAUGUUAUUUGCAUCAAGGCAAGACUUGGAAUACAACUUAUUGUCAAAGAAAAUGCAGAGGAUCUGUACUUCAACAUUCCACCAGCAAAGACUGUAGCUUCAGGGAAGUGUGGAAAUAUUGCCUCCUGGAUUAUCCUAAAAUUUAAUUUGGGAUUUGUAAACUUCACCUUCAUGAAGGAUGGAAAACAUUAUUACAUCAGUGAAAUAAGUGUUGAUCUGAAUACCAUGAAAAACCUGGAAAAGUCCUAUUCAGGUACUAUGAAGAAUGUAAAGUUGUUCCAGACUACACUUGGGCAUUCGUACAAGUGCAAAAGCAGGCAGAUUGUGGAUAUUUCACCCAAUUCAUUAUGGAUUCUUCUUGUUGAUACUCAACUCCAAGCAUUUGACGUUACUGGUGGAAACUUUGGUGAAGUGGAGGAAUGCUUCUUGGAUUAUAGAAUUAUUGUGCCCAUCUGCUUUGGAGUGUCUCUUUUUGUGUUGAUCAUCAUAAUAAUCAUCAUGUACUUGUAUUAUCGACGUCAAAGAUUUGCAGGCUAUCAGCGGAUCUGAGAAAAGAAAUUGGAUGUAGUUGAAAGAUGCUGACCACCCUCUUCACUUAGUUUUCACUUGUCAUUAUUGUUGAAGAUGCACAUCUCAGCUGAACCAAAUUCUCUUGAUUUCCUGUCUAUUCAACUUACACAGAUUGAUCUUGUUUUAAAUAUGCAUAUCGACAUACUGGUGGAGGAUUAGUUUACCACUGAGUCAUUAUAGUUCCAUAUGGUAUUAUUGCUUUUAUGUCUGUUAUACCAGAAUUAUUGAAUGUGGUGUAGUGUAGCAUUUAUUUAAAAGAAGCUUAGCAAUUCUCAUUUUGAAACAUAUAUUUUGUAGGCAAGUGCAUUUUGACUAUAUUCUUUGAUUUUUUUUUAAUUUAAAUCUGAAAACAAAAUAGAAUAAAGGGAUUCUAUUCUGUAAA